AUGGCCCCGCAGCCGCACAACAGGGAUGUGGCGAAGAAAAAGCUUGUCGAACUUCGCGACUCCCCCAAAACCCUCGUCGGGGAUGAGGAUCUCCGAAUCACCUCAAUCUACCUUCUCGGAUCACUCAAACCGGCGGAUAACACAUCAGAGACACCUCUUGCUCAUGACCACUGGUUCUGCUCUCAGGCGGACGAAGUCACGAGGGAAGCCGCCAUUUUCCUCAUACGUCUACAUGCAUACAACAGUGCCUCGGUGGAUAUCUGGAGGCUACAGCUCAAACGUGUCAUUACGCGAUGCUGCUACUGCGUAAGGGGUCUCCAUGAGGCGGAGACAAUGUCUAGGCAUACGUACUUUGGUGCUUUCGGGGAACAGAUCCUCCAGAACUUCUACGUCAGCUUUCACAAGUUCCUCACUGACACUGCGGUUGAAGCUCUGGCAGAGAAGGGUUUCGUUGCCUCUGACACUGGCGAUCCUAGUCGGACUUUAGCUGAAGCACCCCCCGCCGUCACGUUUCUGGUCUUGACAUACCUACACAUGCUGCAAGACUCUCGGAUUGUCGCCCUCCUUCAUUCGUUCUGUCCUCGUGCUCCAAUCAAAUCUUGGCCUUCCGACAUACCGCCGCCGGUACUGCUUGCUCUCUUGUUUGACGGGACUGCAGAAGUCCGUUCAUGGGCCCAGAAGCAGUCCACGCUAUGCGAGGUUGCUCCAAUUCCAACGGAUAACUUUCUUCCAGCACAUGCGACCGUCCUGAAGGCUGCUGCUGAUUCCAUUGCGUCCUCUCGUCCUCUGAGCGACUCUUUUGGAUCAGACUACAAGCUUUCCUUCGUAACCGACAUCCCUUCGCGAUGGUCCAGUCUUACGACCCUCUUGCGAUUCAUCCCUGUGGAACAUUUUCGGUCGAGCAAAUCGUUUGAUUUGGACGUCCGCCGCAUCGUCAUAGGUCAUUUGCAUGACAUCGGAGAACAUUUCAUAGAUAUCCUGAAGUGCUUCGUGAUCGUCCUGCGGCGUAUGGGACCCGACGUAUGGCAGGACGAAGGUCCUGAGUACGCGCAUGUGGUAUUCAACUCCAUCAAAGACAACACGCGUUUCGCGGACGUCCUGUGCAACCUCUCUGUGCCGGUGCCGAAAGACGACUGGCAGCUCAAGUGGAUAGAGGUCUACGCCAACACUGUGGGCAAGCUCCCUGUGUUCAAGGACAUCCUUCCAUCUGUCUUGCAGUUCCUCUGCGAAGAACUUCAGCACGAACGUUUCAAGGCCGUUCGCCCGAAUGCUAUGAGCAUCGCAUCUAGGCUGCUGGUCGCGGUCCUCGCGCAGCAAGGCAAGGACGGAAACUCCAAGCAAGAUCUCGCCCUCGACCUCUUGACAGUCCACUCUAGCGCGUUCGUCAACGUGGCAUUCGGACGGUCGUACACGGACGAGAUUUGGGCAGACGCAAGGAAGCAGACAUGCAGGCUGAUCAAGCAAGCGCUUUUGACGGACGUCCGGAGGCUCGUCUCUGCGAUCACCAGGCUCUGCUCCUCAAACGAAUCGACCGCCGCAACUCCCCCGUCCUUGAUCCACGAGCAAGUGUGGAAGAACGUCUACGAAGGGAUCGCUGGGGGCGAUUCCGACGCGGCUGCCCUCCUGCUUGCGGUUCUCUCUCAGAUAUCUCAUGUAGACGAUCUGAAGCCGGUCGCGUUCGAGGAGGCAUUCAAGAAGUCCAAGUCCCCUAGCACGUCACAAGCCUCCCUUGUCGCGGUGAAUAGCGCACUCGCUGUCCUACGCAACGGCUUCCGAGACGUCCUCAAUCGCUACACCGACCUGAGCCCAGGGUCUGCCGCGAUAGAGCUCCUCGGUCGGGACGACGUUGUCAAGCACGUCGUUUCCCUCAUGUUCUCCCCGGUAGAGACCCUCCAGGAGGCCGCGCAGGGUAUUGUUGCCUUAGCGUACGACGUAGAUGGCCGUCUCGACUGCUUCCGUGCGCUAUUGGAACAUUUCCCGGAUGCCGCGCUCAGCGGAAUCAACGACGUCCUGGGCGCAUAUAUCCAGUACGCGAAGGUCGUACCAGAAGCGUGCUAUCUGUCUCAAGCCCUCGCGCGCUGUCUCACCGACAUCAUCGAGGCGCUGUGUUCCAGCCCCUCUGGCCUCCUCCUCCAGUCCUCAUACGUCAAGACGGCGGCGUCUACGCUCGAGGACAAGAUACCGAAGUGGUGGCACGCGAUGACGGAGGCGCUCUGCGUCAUCUUCGCGUACACGCCCCGCUGGGCGCGUUUCUUCGAGAACGAAGAGAUGGUACUCUGGAUGCGGGACGCGCUCAUCUUCGGGCGCGACCUGCUGGCACAGCGCAGGAUACUGGAGACGGGCACGCUCGCGCGCUCGCAGAAGGGGGCCGGCUCGAGCGCAAAGCUGACGAACGUGGGGAAGAAGAUGGUCGACGACCUCCAGCAAGUGCUCUUCGAGCUCACGAAGUGGCUGCGCCUCACGGACGAGGAACUGCUGCACCAGUCCUUCGCGCUCCUGGAGACACUGCUCGAGUGCUUCCGCCAGACCGAGACGCGCCCGCGUGCAGAGACGUUCCAGCGCAUACAGCGGCACAUCGACGACGCGCGAAAGAACGACCCGAACCGCAUGAAGUCGCGCCUGGACUCGACGCGCUUGGUGCGGCUCGAAGAGGCUGUCAGCGCGUUCGACGAGGCCGAUGAGGAAAUCCAGAUAAUCUCCCACAUCAAGCCGACGAAGCCGAAGAAGACUGCCAAAGUCAAGGAGGACCAGAAGGCGGCGCCUAGGCAUAUCCUGAAGGCGGGCCCGUCGAAGGAUAUCCAGCUAAAGGACAUCAAUCGCAAGGGCAAGGCGGGCAUCUCUAGCUAUUUCUCGCUCAACGAUGAGAAGAAACCUGUCGCAGCCUCCUCGGUUUCCCGCUACGGAGUCCCGUCUGUUAGCGGUCGCUCUCUUCCUUCCGCGGGUCCUUCGAGGGUGUCCAAGCCUCUCAUCAAGGACGAGAGAUCAUCGGCAAAGGCGAAUUCCACCUCCUCACGUGCCACGUCUCCAAGUAGUAGCGAGAACGAACAGAGCGAGGACGAAGAAGACGAGGGCCCGAAGGGUUUGGCGGCUUUAUCGAAGUUGCAGCGGACCCCCGCAAUCAAGCAACCCACAGAGCGACGGCAGGUCAAGAUGCUUGACAUGCCUUUGGAAGGCCGCGGCAUCAAGUUCGACCGACUGCAGAAGCGCGACGACGCACGUCGUACCCACAUGCGCCUGAAGCCGGACGUCUCUGGGUUACAUCGCACGCUGCUCUCGUGGAACUAUGAGCAUUUGGGACCCGAGCCCCCUUGGGACAGGCCGAAGCUACUGCCAGUCCCGGAUCGUUUCAGAGACUACGCACACUUCCGCAGCGUUUUCGAGCCCAUCCUACUCCUCGAGUGCUGGAAUCAACUUCAAGAAUCCAAGGAGACUACGCAAGAGUCCAACGAUGUCAGAAUCAACAAUCGCCAGUACACCGACCAGUAUAUGGACGUCGACAUCUCGUUCGAAGGCAGCGUCUCGAAGGACUGGAACCUCUCGGAUAUGGAUAUCGUACUGUUCACGCAUCCUGGUUCCAAACGUCGGGUCAUGGGGAAGACGCAAAACUACCGUUCCUCGUAUAUGGGCAUCCAAGCUACCGUACGUUUCCUUGUUCAGGGUGCCGACCCAGGGUUGCAAGUAGGUACUGUGUGGUCUUUGAGCAAGGUCUUGAGUUUGUCGACACUCAUCCGCGAGUACGCCUCCCUCAUGGCCCUUCCGCACUACGACCUCCUCGACAGCGUCCUUCACGCACAACUGUCGCAACCUUCAAGAACCGACUCCGGGGAGGUACAGAAGGUCAUGACCACGUACAAAGUGAACGAACCUCAAGCCAACGCCAUCAUCAAGUCGCUUGCCACCGAGGGAUUCGCACUGAUUCAGGGACCUCCGGGUACCGGUAAGACGUCGACGAUUUGUGGACUGGUUCAACUGUACCUCGCGCGACGUCCAAAGACGUCCUCGGUCAUCCAUCCUGGCCGCCCCGCCGAGCGCGAGCUUCCCAAAAAGAUCCUGCUUUGCGCGCCCAGUAACGCUGCCAUCGACGAGAUUGCGUUUCGUCUGAAGGAAGGAGUAUCAGGUGCGGGACACAGGGCGGAGCAUCCGAAGGUGGUGCGGAUUGGUGCGCUCAAGAGCAUGAACCUGAGCGUCCGGGACGUGUCCAUGGAGUAUCUCAUCGACCAGAAGCUCAAUUCUGAUCCGGGGUUGAAGAACACCAAGGAGGCUGGUACCGAGCUGUCCCGGGUGCGGUCUGAGCUCGAGGCCGUCAAGCGGCAACGGCAGGAGAAGAUAGAGGAGCUUGCUACGAUCCAAGACAACGCUUCGAAAACGCUCGCACUGGAGGAAGAUGUCAAACGGUUGAACAGGCAGAAGGCGAUGCUGACCCACCAGCUCGAUAAGGUGAAGGACAAGCAGAAGUCCGACUACCGCACGCUCGACGCUACUCGACGACGGUUCCGGAAUGAGGUUCUUCAGGAGGCGGACGUGAUUUGCAGCACGCUCUCUGCUUCCGCAUACGAGUACUUGGAGUCCUUCGACUUCGAGCUCGUGAUUAUCGAUGAAGCCGCCCAGGCCAUUGAGCUGAGCUCUCUCAUUCCGAUGAAAUACAGAUGUCGGACGUGCAUCAUGGUUGGAGAUCCUCAGCAGCUGCCCCCGACGGUGAAGUCUCAGGAGGCGUGCAAGCUCGGAUACGACCAGUCGCUCUUCGUCAGGCUGCAGAGGAGUCAGCCGGAAGCAGUACAUCUACUGAGUAUACAAUACCGUAUGCACCCCGAUAUCAGCCAACUGCCCAGCAACUUAUUCUACGGCGGACGCCUGCUGGACGGGCCUGAUAUGGCGGAGAAGACCAAACGAGCAUGGCAAACGCACCCGAAAUUCGGCACCUAUCGCUUCUUCAACGUGCAAGCUGGCGUGGAGGAAAGCGGCGCGGGACACUCGCUGGUCAAUCGCGCCGAGGCUCAGGUCGCAGUAGCGCUCUACAAUCGGCUGUGCAAGGAGUUCUCGUCCGCCAACAUGGACUUCAAAGUUGGCGUCAUUUCCAUGUAUCGCGGUCAGAUCCUGGAGCUGCGGCGAGCGUUCCAACAGCGAUUUGGGGAGGAAGUCUUGAGCAUGGUCGACUUCAACACGGUCGAUGGCUUCCAGGGACAAGAGAAGGACAUCAUUAUCUUGUCUUGUGUCCGUGCUGGACCGGGCGUACAGACUGUCGGUUUCUUGCGAGAUGUGCGUCGUAUGAACGUUGCCCUGACCCGAGCGAAAGCAUCUCUGUUCGUUCUUGGUAACGCCCCUACGCUCGAGCGCAGUGACGAGACUUGGCGAAAGAUUGUGGAGAACGCGCGCUCAAGGUCUAGCCUCGUCAACGUCGAUGCUGCAUACUUUACGGCGCCCGUAACCGCAGCACAAAGCAAGCCGCCUUCGCAGAUCAAACAGGCCAAGCCCGCGUCGAAGCCUCCGUCAAAUAUCACACCUGCCGUCCCAGAUGAUCUCGUUACUCCCCGCGAGCUCAAGGCGCUUGCGAACCGUCCCAACGGCAAUGCCUCGUCUCCGACUGGCGCUCCCACGUCGCGCAAGGCGUCCGUCGCGGGACCAUCAACCGCAGUGUCUACAGAAGAUGCACAAGUGGGACAGAAGCGAAAGGCGGAGGAGACACCAAAGGAAGAAGCAGCGCGUCCAAACGGUGCCCCCGGGCCAGGACCGAAACCGCGACCAAAACCUCCCUUGGUCAAGCGUCCAAAACAGGGCCCGAGUCUGUUCAUACCGAAAAAGCGCCCUGCUCCAUGACACGAUCCAUCCGUCUGUCAGUUUCGUAGAUACACCAUCACGCCUCUCGGUCUCCGCUGGCCACGCUGGGACACGCUCACGCUCUUGCAUCAUCCUCACGCACGCAUUCGCUGUAACUUAUUCUGCACACUCCAUCGCUUGGAUAUCCCUAGAUUCCCAUAUAAUACAUACAGUACAUACAGAGACACCCCUUCAUUAU